GCAUAGGCGGUGGAUGGUCAUGCAGGUUUCCGCGUUUGCUCGGUCACACUUCCAACAAGCACGUCGGCCCAGCUGCUCUGCAAACUUGCAAGAAGCAACCAAGUGGGAGUCGAGUGUCGUCGCGGCUCGAUAAGCUCGCAAACGGAAACUUAAAUUUUCCAUCACAAUCACUACAAACAAAACCCCAACAAAGAUCAGCAAGUACCCAAAAUGAAGUUCACGAUCUCCUUCCUUCUGCUCAUCGCGUCCCAAGUACAUGUAGAGGCCACCUUCACUGUCGCGGCUACAGAUACGGCAACGGGUCAACAAGGAGCUGCUGGGUGUACAUGCGUUGUGCCCGAAGCCGUAUCUUUGUACAACCACUAUCACUCUGUGGUUGGCAAAGGUGUAUUGCUAUCUCAAGCCAGCCCUCCUGAUGCAGACUCUCCGGUCUACAGCAAAGCGCAUGAAUUGCUUUCUGCAGGACAAGACUGCGACACCGUUUUGCAAGCCAUCACUAAUGACACCUCUUUGGAUGGUGAAAGUAGCAUUCGACAAUAUGCAUGUGUUGACUCACGUGGAAAUGCUGCUGGAUACACGGGUGCUGGCAUUCAAGAGUUCUACGAUGUUUUGCUAUCGUUGAACGGCGAGGAAGUGCAACCCCAUGCCCAGGUUGAUGAACAAGGAUCCGCGGGCUCUGUAUUCUACAGUGCACAAGGCAACAUUGUUUCCAAGAAUACGGUCCCACUCUUAAGUGACGGUUUUGAGCAAGCAGAAGGGUGUGACUUGGCCGGUCGCCUGUUUCGUUCUAUCGUUGCCGUCGACGAUUCCAACAAUCAAGCACGCGCGAAUGGCUCGAGCGAGGACACCAACUUUGAAGGGGAUGUCCGAUGUGAAAAUGGUAUUGGAGAAGGUAUUAUUCCAGGAUACGGCUAUCCCGGACUCCAAGCAUACAUUCAUGUGGAGGAUGUGAAUGGGAAUGAAGUUUUGCAUAUUGAGAGUCUUCCCGAGGGAGGUGUCAACCCAUACGAUGAGAUAAGAGAAAAAUAUGCUCAGUGGCGACUAGCCAAUCCCUGUCCCAGCCAUGACUAUUCUUCCAAUGCCAAUGCCGCGCAAUUUUCAAUGGUUGUUGGAAUGGCUGUGGUGGCUCUUGCCACGAUUAUGAUCUAAUUGUUAUAUAGCUAGUUUUGCUGGUCUUUAGCUGGUCUUU